UGAAAACUGAGCCUUAUGGAAUUAAGCUGUCACGCUGCACAAUGUUACGCAAAAUUUUAUUAGCCUUUGGGUACACUAUUUGGAUUUUGUAUUCGCUUAACCUCUUCCCCUGUCAAUCAGGUUCUGUGAAAGAAGUUUGAAAAGACUCAAAGUUGUUACAAACCCAAUUAACACCGGAAGCUAUAAAUCAUGUCUCAUUUCAACGGGCGUGUUAAGCGGUAUAUUGAUGAUUCCGACGAUUAUUCCAGCGGUACUUUUGAGAACAGUAAGCGCCCAAUUUACCGCUCCACGGUCCAUAUUUACGUUGCUCCAGAAGAAGAUCUCGUUUACGAGUCUGACAAAUUUGUGACCCUUGCCAGGCUUCCCCACCUGGAAAAGAUAAGAAGUGGUGAAUAUGCAGAUAUCGGUUACGGAGCGUAUUUCAAUCCCAACGUAGGAAGCACACAGCCGGCAAAACAGCCGUGGCGCACACGUUUGCAUAUCGCAAUGGACAGUAUUAAAGAGAAAAUCUUGUACAAACGCAAUCCACUACCAAAGAACCCAUCCCGAUCUCAGAAAGUUCGUUAUGCCUUCUUAUGUCCCCCGCAUGGAUUUUUGGCCAGCUUAUUGGCCAAUAUCCUUGUCAUACUUUUCCUAUGGCUAACGGCGUUCUUUCUGGCUCGCAAAGACGCCUUGCCCGGCGGCAACAUAUUUGCCUUGUUUGUGCUGUAUGGAGCAUCGUCGCUGGGAGGAUUUGUGGUUUCGCUACUGCGAUUGCCACCGUUGCUCGGGAUGCUGAUUGUCGGGUUUAUGUUGCGCAAUGUCCCGGGCAUCAUCGUCGCUACCGACAUUGACCGGAAAUGGUCGUCGGUGCUGCGGAGUAUCGCUUUGACGGUGAUCCUCACCCGAGCCGGUUUGGGGCUGGACGGGAAAGCUCUGCGUAAGCUGAGCAAAAAUGUGCUGUUGUUGUCAUUUCUUCCGUGUGCGGCAGAAGCUAUCACCGUGGGAAUUGCAGCAUAUAUGAUUCUGGGGUUUCCUUGGCUUUGGGGAUUUUUACUAGGAUGCAUACAAGGUGCUGUGAGCCCGGCUGUCCUCGUGCCGUUCAUGAUUCAGUUACAGGAAGAAGGACUGGGAACAAACAAAGGCAUUCCGACGUUGUUGAUGGCUGCUGGCAGCCUUGACGACGUAUUAGCCAUUAGCGGUUUCAGCAUUUUUCUCAGUCUCAUAUUUUCAACUGGUGCGGCGAUCUGGUACCAAAUUAUCCAAGGACCAUUGGAGCUUGCAAUGGGUUUAACCUAUGGAAUAUGCGUGGGAUUGCUGCUGUGGUAUAUCGCCGACAGAAACCAUAUUGACCUUUCAAUUUACCGGUUUCUUUUGUUACUAUCUGCCGGACUCAUAGCUGUAUUUGGCUCUAAGGCAACUGGAUUUGGCGGCGCGGGAGCGUUGGGCUGCCUGACCACAGCCUUUGUAGCGGGAUACCGUUGGCGACAGCCCGGUUGGAAUAAAGAACUGGUAAAACCGUCGACAGCGUUCAAUCAUCUAUGGAACUACCUCUUCCAGCCACUCUUGUUCGGGUUAAUUGGAGCCGAAGUAGCGCUAGAUCGUAUUCAAGCAGAAACAGUUGGACUGGCUAUUGCAGUAUUAGUACUGGGAUUGAUUGUGCGAAUGAUCUUCACUGUAAUUGCCGUUAGUGGAGCGGGCUUAACCUGGCGGGAAAAGUUAUUCUCCGCAAUAGCAUGGAUUCCCAAGGCCACUGUACAGGCUGCAUUGGGAUCGUUGGCUCUUGAUAGUGCACGAGAAUUGAAUGCCGGACCGGAAUACAUUAACCUUGGAGAAAAGGUGGUGACUAUUGCGGUGCUGCUGAUAAUUAUCACUGCACCCCUGGGUGCGUUGGGAAUAAGUCUUACAUCCCAUUCGCUGUUGGUGAAAGAAACCGCAAUCGGAGAGGAUGUCCAUGCGGAUGAGAAGUAUGCGCUUGCGGAUAUUAAGCAAAGUCCACCGGAAGAGAGAACAAAGAUGAUCGGAGCACAUUAAUGUACAUGUGGCAUAAAAGAUGAGGUCUACCGUGACGUUUCGGAAAACGUUGAGUGUUGACUUCGAUCUAAAAUUGUUGUCUUUUCUGGGGACGCUGUAGAGAUUAAAAGAAUGACAUUUAAUUCUAUAUGGCUGUAUUCAUGGUACGAGGUAUUUAUUGUCUGCUCCUUUAUUAUUGUGUGUAGCGCUACUUCGUUUAUAUUUAUUUGACAAAAAGAAAACGUACAUCUGGAGAUUAUCUGUGGACUUGUAGAAAAAGC